GGGCGGUUGUAUGAAUGCCACCCGGUUCACUUAUGUUCACUAAGAUUUGCAAUUCAUUAGUUACAAUAUAAAAAUAGCUGAAUAGCUGGGAUCGUAAAAUAGUAAAGAGGAAGUCGGGGCUGUAAAGUUAGGUAGCAAUGCCAUGGUAAACUGAGGCUGGGCCGGAGGGGACCUUACCGGUUGUGGAGAGACCAGUCACCAGCUUCAUGGCAGAGUCCUUAGUUGUUCGGAACCACCAUGUCUCCACAGAUGUACAACUCUGCUCAACAGAUGAAAUGGAGUUGGAGACGUUCCAGAAUGAAGCAGAGGACCAUGACCAGGGGUUGAGGGUGGAACAGCUGCUUCUCACCAUAGAGAGACACCAAAGACUGGACCUCUGGUUCUGCGAGGAUUGUAAGGAGUACUUUGUGGAUGAGUGCCCCACUCACGGCCCCCCAGUGUUUGUGCCAGACACCCCGGUUCCCGUAGGCGUGCCUAACCGUGCAGCACUUACAGCACCCUGCGGUGUGGAGGUGCUACAGGAGGGCGGAGAGGUGGAAGUGUGUUGUGUUUCCCCGGACCUUCACCGGGGAGUGCUAUUUGGACCUUACCAAGGAGAGGUGGUGGCCCAGGACCAGUCCUCUGGCUUCUUCUCCUGGAUGCUGGUGGAUGAGAACAACUGUUAUCGCUCUAUAGAUGGCAGUGAUGAGACUAAGGCCAACUGGAUGAGGUAUGUGCGUACCUCCUCGGAGGAGGGCGAGCGUAACCUGACGGCGUUCCAGUAUGGCGAGCACAUCUACUUCCAGGUGAGCCGUGAACUAGCAGUGGGAGACAGACUGAGGGUCGGAUAUAGCCAGGAGUACAUGGACCGACUUCACAGCAUGUCCCUGGACACAGUCAACAACCUGAACACAGAGAAGGACAGCCCAGUGUGGUCCAGUCCGUGGAACGUGACUGCGAGGGACCGCGAGGCCACGCUGGCACUGAUCCAGCACUACGGCUCACCGGACAUCCAGGCUCUGUUAAGUGACCGGACCACCAAGACUAAGCAGGUGUUUGAGGUGAUUGCGGGUCGGAUGGAGGCGCAAGGCUUCGUGGUGAGCCAGGCAGGCUGGCAGGGAGGGAAGCGCUGCUUCCAGAAGUGGAGGAACAUGGAACGCACCUACAGGGACUACCUGCUGGCCAACAAGAAACUGGACGGCAGCCGCAGGAAGCAGCCCGAGUUCUUCCAGCAGUUCCAUGCCCUUAUGGGCCAGAGGCUCAGCUCCAAGAUGGCUGCCGCCGCUGCAGACUGCUCUGCUUGGGGCGGGGCUAAGGUCAAGUCCAAAAAUGUAGCUCCGCCCCCUACCUUGCCUCUCUACGCUAUUGUGGUUCCGUCCAAUCAGAUGGUCAACCUAAGCAUUCCCUCUUCAUCAUCUUCGUCAUCUUCAGAGGCAGAGCUCAGGGUUCAGGCUGGCUCCUCCGACCCAGAGGCUCAGACCAGGAAGUCGAGCAGAGCCAGACCCAGACCCAUCAAGGAAGACAUAGGGGUUGGGCCAGGUGGGGAAAGGGGCCGAGGGAAGGGGAGGGGCAAUAAACAGCAACAGAAGAGGAAGAGAAGAUCGUGGCUGGGGGAGGAAAGAGCAGAAGAGGGUGCUGUGCAAGAUGGAGGAGUGGUGUCGGUGUGGUCUGAAGGGAAGGUGACCAGCCUGGACCUUGAGGCUACCGAGGCCCUGGUGGAGCUGUAUGCCUCUGCUGAGAUCCAAGGGCUGAUCCGGGACAACAAGACCAGAACCAAGCGCAUCUUUGAGAUCAUAGCGAGUCGUCUGCGGGAGCAGGGGUUCCCCCUGAGUCCGGUGCCAGAGCAGGCGGGCCAGAGAUGCUUCCAGAAGUGGAGGAACCUCUCCAGAGCCUACAGGGACUAUGUUUUGAACCAUGACCCCCACAGGACCACCUUCAAUUCCGCUUCUAACUCAGCCUCCACACGUAGGAGGCCACGCCCCCCACCUUGCUUUAAACAGCUUCACAACCUGAUUGGCCACCGCCUCAACCUCCCACUGUCCGGUGAUUUGCCAGGGCCAGAUGGGGCUGAGGGAGAGGGAGAUGGACAAGCAGAGCCAAUGAUGAAUGGGGACAUAGAUGGAGAGGUAAAUGGAGAUGGACAGAUUGAUGAAGGGACAAAUGGAGAUGAAGACAUAGAUGGAGAAGCAGAUGGAGACACAGAGGUGGAGGAGGAGGGAGUCAGCCAGAGUCUGUUACACAUAGUGGAGGUACCCGCCAGUCCCACCGAGCCCUAUCUGCCCCCUUCCACCUCCACUUGCUCCUCCAGCUCCACUAUGCCCUGCCAGCCCUCUCCACCCAGGGAUCAGCACCUCCUGCUGGGUCAGAAAAGGAGGAGGAGGAUGACGGACAUCCUGGAGGUGCUGCAGGGGUACAGGGAGGAGGACAGGAGGAGGGAGGAGGAGAGGCAGAGGAGGGAGGAGGAGAGGCAGAGGAGGGAAGAAGCGAGAGAGCAGAGAGAGGAGGAAAGGUAUGACCAGCUGAGAAGUCUCCUCAGGGAGCAGCAUUCUGAGACCAUGAUAGUGAUGAGGGAGCUGAUCAACACCGUGAAGGCUGAGAAGAAAGUGUGAAACUCCUCCCCCUUCCUCCCUGGUUACACCACCCUUGGUAGUUUGAUGUUACAAUGUGAGCUGUUUCACAUAUGUUCACUCUGAACAUCAAACAGACUCUUUGCUGACAUGACAGUUUGUUUUUACAUGCAGUGCAUUUUAGACGCAGUAUGAGACUUUGACUAAGAUGCUCAUGGACCCAGAGGCUCUUUACAUGCUAGGACAUCUGACGCUACAUCCCAGGUAUUGGCACGUGGUACUUUAUCUAGGUUCCUUGAAAUCUGACCUCGGUCUAUAAAUCGUUUUUCAACUCCCCUGUGACCUUAUUUGCUCAAAUAAACCUUUCGGUUUGAUUUCA